CUUGAGCAAAAACUUUUUAACAUCGGUUUUAUUAAUGAUUUACCGUUUUUUGCAUUCAAUCCGCAACAUCCUAAAGAAUCCGAUGGAAUUGAUGGGAAAUUAUUCACGACAUUAUCACAACAUUUCAAUUUCAGUAUUGAAUAUGUUGAAUGUCAAAAUUUUGGUGUACAAAAAACAGCCGGUAAUUGGUCUGGUAUUGUUGGUAAAAUUAUCGAAAAGGAAAUUGAUUUCGGUGUCGGAGGUGUUGUAAUGUAUUAUGAACGAACAUUAUUCAUAUCAUUUUUAGAUACCUAUUGGAUGGAUCGAUUAGCGUUUGCCGUUCGGCCACAACAAACACAUGUCCAUUUUGAUAUUCUUCUUCGACCAUUCGAUAACGAUGUUUGGUUUUACUUAUUGGCAACGUUUCUUUUGUUUUUCAUUUUCGAUUAUGUGAUGAUUCGUUUUUUUCCACCUGAAUCACCAUUUUCGACUGAUCGCCAAAUCUAUAGUUCUGCAAAUCUUUAUUGGAUUGAUUUCUGCUUAUUAUGUCGACAACCUUACCCAUGGUUGUCACGAUUGAAAUUAUCAACGAAAAUCUGUACAAUCAUUUUCGCUUUCUCAAUUUUCAUACUUUCAAACUAUUAUGGCGGUGGCCUUUGUUCUCUGUUAACCAUACCAGCCAGUGUAUCCAUAGAUAAUGUCAACAAAUUGGCCGAUGCUUGCCGCUCCAAUCGUAUAAUACCGCUGAGCUUAGAUGUCAAUUAUUUUAAAAAGAUGGAGGGGACGGAUAUAUAUUCAUUACGAGAAAUAUCUCAAACUAUUCAAUCUACAAAGAACCGUGAAGAUGCGAUUCAAAUGAUUUUGAAUCGUUCAAGUAGUGAAAAACAACAAUAUGCUUUCUUAUAUCCACGAGAACGCCUCCGAUUUGCUCAACUUAGAGCAGGUGAAGAUUUGUUAUACGUUUCACCGAAUACCCCAGAUGCUUCAUUUUUUCCAUUGCAUAUAUCAAUUCCGAUUCAACCAACAUUCAAAUAUCAGCGAGAAUUUUCUCAAACAUUACUAUAUAUUCAAGAGGCAGGUUUGCUAAUACAAUGGAGAAAUCAAAAAAUUGUUCAAAUUACAUUGAACAGAAGACGACAAAAUGCACUAAGAACUACAUCCGAUCCGGACGAAUUUUAUCCAAAAUCAGAUUUGAUUACAAAGAAAGACAUCCAACAGAGUAGCGAAUUCAACUUGCAGAAUCUUCAUACAAUAUUCUUUGUUUAUUUUAUUUGGAUGGACAUAGCAUUGAUUGCUUUAAUUGUGGAAAUUGCUUUAAAAUGGGCAUCGAAUAAAAAAUAUUUUUUCAUGGUCUCAUUUGAAUCCAUUAGUGAACAAAAACGAUUGUUGAAAAACAAACAAAGUCAAAUUUUUAUCCAACUAUCGUAAAAUAUUUAUAAGUUAAUAAGUUAUUUGUCUUGUUAUUUAGAAAAAUCAAUAAUUUAAAAUUAUAAAUAGUUGCUUUUAUCUAAAAUUUUAAUAUUUGAUCCU